UACAGCUUCCUGGCCUUAGAAAACAUGAAAUAGGUAAAUGCUGGUAACCUGUGUACUGUAUCUAACCCAUUACAGUCCUCACCACAGCUUUAGGUACAAGAAGGUCCCAUUCUGCUUGCAGUGUUCUGGAUAUUUUGUGGGAGAAAAUGAAUCUGACUGAGUAUUUUGCAAGAAUCGGCUACAAAGAGCCUAAUCACAAAGCAGAUCUAAAAACUUUGACCGAACUCCAUGAACACCACAUCAGGUCGAUCCCGUUUGAAAACCUCAGCAUUCACUGUGGGGAGAAGAUCACCUUAGACCUGGAAACCAUCUACAACAAACUUGUGAGAAACAAACGAGGGGGGUGGUGUUAUGAAAACAACCAGCUCUUCUCCUGGGUGUUGAAAGAGAUAGGGUAUGAUGUUACUUACCUGGGAGCAAAGGUACCUGGCCUCCAGCCAAAUUGUUUUGAGUCUCAUCUCUUCAUCAAAGUGCUCGUUGAUGGGAAGCCAUACAUAGCUGAUGUGGGUUAUGGAAUCUUCUGGCAAAUCUGGCAGCCCCUGGAACUCAUUUCAGGGAAGGACCAGCCUCAGCUUCCUGGCGUCUUCCGUCUUGAUGAAGACAAGGGUGUUUGGAACCUGCAAAAGACUGGACGCAAGUCUGAUGUCCCAAAUGAAAGCUUUGGUGUUUCGUCCCUAUUAGCCAAUUCUCUUUUUAAGGUGGUUUACAGUUUUACUUUGGUGCCACGACAAAUUAAAGAUUUCACUGAGACGUGCACUUUUUUCCAGACGUCUCCGGAAUCCUGGUUCACCAAUAAGUCUGUCUGCUCCUUGCAGGCCGCCACUGGGUUUCGCGCUCUGAUUGGGUGGACUUACUGUGAGGUCACCUAUAACUACCAGGAAGGGGUGGAUCUGAUUGAUGUGUCUACAGUCCCUGAUGAAGAAGUGGAGAAGGUGCUCGAAGAGAAGUUUGGUGUGGUAUUAGAAAAUAAACUUGUGUCUGUUAACAAUAAAAUACAUCACUAAAUCUGACUAUCAAUAUGUUAUCAGCCAGAAACAACCAUUUGACAAAAUGGUUGGUAUCUGAUUUGGAUGAAAGAAAGCAGAAUAAAAAAUAAAUAAAUGUG